AUGGAGCCUUACACUUCUACUUAUAUCCUUAGUCGCUCGACACUUCCAGAGACCCUCGAUGACCUCUGUGUACGAUUCAUUCUCAACAUCCCGGAGGAGGAGUUGAACUCAAUCGAGCGACUAUCCUUCCAGAUCGAAGCCGCGCAAUGGUACUACGAGGACUUCCUCCGGGACAUCAACCCUGCCCUGCCAACGCUCAACCUCCGUAGCUUCAUCUCAAAGAUCUUUGCCGUGCUGCCCCUCCCCGUUAUCGCCGGUCUCCCCGCUGGCGGUGCGGAAAGUGCAUUCAUCAACUUCAUGUCCUACAAGACGCGGGUGCCUGUGCGAGGGGCCAUCAUCCUGAACCCGACAAUGGAUAAGCUUCUACUUGUGAAGGGCUACAAGAAGGGCGCGAGCUGGAGCUACCCAAGGGGCAAGAUCAACAAGGAUGAAGACGACAUGGUCUGUGCAAUCAGAGAGGUAUUUGAAGAGACCGGGUUCGACUGUGAGGGCUUGGCGAAGGAGGAGGACUAUGUAGAGAUUGUGAUGAGGGACCAGAAUCUGAGGUUAUAUAUCAUACCUGGCGUUUCGGAGGACACGGUGUUCGAGUGCCAGACAAGAAAGGAGAUCAGUGAUAUCAAAUGGCAUCGCCUUACCGAUCUCCCCGCGUAUUCCAAGAAGAAGAAUGGGCCGCCGCAGAACGAGGUGCGGACUGGGAAAUACUACAUGGUGGCUCCGUUCCUCAAGGACUUGCGGAAAUGGAUCUCUACAAAGGGCAAGAAGUGGCUACAAGAGCAGCAUCAGCAGAGCCUUGCGGCGGCAGCAAACAGGAUAGCAGAUGAGACUGAGGUUGAGGAGGAGGUUGCGUCUCCAAUUCCAGAUCCAUCAGCUCAGCUACGGAAUUCCAUUGGUAUUCCGCCGCCGCCGCAGAACGAUGCAGCUACGGCCAAUGGGUAUUCAAGUACCGAUGAAGCUUCAAUGAGGCUCAAGAACAUGUUUUUCGGAUCCUCGAGUAAUCAGGAGGGGCAACAAGUACACCAAGUACAACAAAUACAACCCCAACAGGUACAAGCGCAACAUGUGCAACCAGCAGCAGUUCAUGGGGACCAGUCCGCGAGGUUGAUGAACAUGCUGGGCGCUGGGCCUUCUCCGAACCAGCAGUCGGGUGUCUCUCUGAAUGUAGAGCAACUGGAGCCGAACCCGCGAGCGUUGCUUUCAAUGCUCAAAAAUGGAUCUGGCGAACCCGUAACUCCGCGCGUCCCUCCCCAAGGAAAUUCGACUACUCAACUACCUUCAUCGCCACCGCCAAUGUCUAAUUAUCCAUCCGCUCGGUAUAAUCAGAAUUAUCAGAAUCAGCCAAACUAUCAGAAUCAACCAGGAUAUCAGGGCCAAUCAGGCUUUCAAAAUCAACCAAACUAUCAAAAUCAUCAAAACUAUCAAAAUCAUCAGAAUCAUCAAAAUCAUCAGAAUCAUCAAAAUCAUCAGAGCCAUCAGAACCAACAUCAUGGUCGUGUAAACUACGCACUGCCGCCGCAGCCGCAGCCAUAUGCAUUCUCACCUGUAAACCAGAACGGGUAUAGGCCGCCCAUGGUGCCUACACCUGCAGUAGAGACAACCAUUCCUCUACCCUCGAUCCCGGGAGAACAAGCAGGUACCCUACUGUCUAUUCUAACAGGAGCGACACCAGCACCGCAACAACCUGCACAGGCCCCGCCUCCACUAGCACCACGGGCUGCUGCAUCCCCGAAGGUAGAAUUUAGGGCCCCGCCUGCCGCUCCCUACGAACAGCCAGUCGCGAAGCCGCAGGCAGCUCCUAGGACCCCAAGGGUAACACACACCGCGCAGCAAGCUGCUCUUUUGGCCACCCUCCGUGGUGACAGCCCUCGCGCCGCUAGCGUCGCCUCGGGGCAGGCUUUUGCCCCCCCGCCACAAGUUAUACACGCACCGACAUCCCGCUCAUCGACCGUGGGACCGCAGGCUCAGUACCGCGCAUCUCCGGGUGUUGCAAGGCAAACAUCUCAGUACGCUCCACCACCGAACAACAUUGAUCGCAGGGACAGCAUCAGUAGCCAGCAGCAAACCCUCCUCGCCAUGUUCACCGGCGGCGUCCCGCCGGCUCCAGAGCCAGUGCUUCCCAACCCCGAGCAGGCCUAUUCCAACCCCAACCCUGCUAGCGGCGGGAGGAGCCGCAGCGCCAGCAGAGGCCGCGCCGCCAGAAAGGAAAAGAGCGAGCCGCUAAAGAGCCCGCUUGGCACGGAGAGACAAGGGUUGUUGGCAUAUCUUGAGGGCGUGGCCAAGAUGGGCGGGCAGUAA